ACUCUGCCGCAGCUUCCGGUCGAGGUGUGGGAGAACGUGAUUGACCAUCUGUGGGCCGACCAGUGGGCUUUGUGGGAGUGCAGGCUCGUCUGCCGAGCAUGGUACCCUCCGAGUCGCUUUUACUUGCUCAAAUACAUCACGAUGAGGAGUGUGAAGGGUGUGAAGGCAUAUGCGAAGGAGCUGAAGCAGACGCCCGAGCUGUCGAAGCGGCGGCACCAUAUGACUAUAUCGGGCAAUCAGAGGACAGAUAUGUCAGUACUGUGGCCGGCAGCGACCAUGCUCGCUCGCAAGCUGCCCCGACUGGAGACGCUCGACAUCCGGUGGUCAGAGUGGAAGCCGUGGACGAUGCACCGCGACGUCUUCCUGCAUCUCUCUGGCUUCUCCUCCGUCACUCGUCUCCAUCUCUCUGAUGUCACAUUCCCCUCAAUCACCGUCUUUGGGCGCCUCGUCUGCGCACUGCCACGUCUCGUCGCGCUCACAUGCGAGGAUCUGGAAUUCACACAAGACCAAUUUCACCGCGAUAUAUUU